GUCUGUGCAAAGGGACCGAUUUCUUAGAGAAAAAAACAGGGACAGAAUAUCAAUUGACGAACCCGUCCUUGUAAAUAUCCAACCGAACUCGCGCAUCCCGUUUUCUGACCACACAACGAAAACAGAGCAUGGAGCGGACGACGAGCUGAGCAGAAGAAGAGCAGAGCAGCCGCGGGGAUGUUAAUGGCGUCCUCCGCCUUGACAUUGUCAACACCCACGGCGUAUUUCACUCCUCAGAGCGAGGCCUCCGUUCCUUCCUCGCUCUUCAAGUCCCUGAAGCUCCCUCCUUUCUGGCCAUGGCAGAGUCAGAAGAAGGUGAAGAUGGGCCCGCUGAGCGUGUCUCCGAUGGGGUUCGGGACGUGGGCGUGGGGGAACCAGCUCCUGUGGGGUUACCGAGAAUCGAUGGACUCGGAUCUCCAAAGGGUCUUCAAUUUGGCCGUCGAGAAUGGCGUCAAUCUCUUCGACACGGCCGAUUCUUACGGCACCGGGAGGCUGAACGGGCAGAGCGAGAAGCUCCUGGGGAAGUUCAUCAAAGACCUUCAAGCUUUGAGAGGAAAGAGCAAGGGACAAGAUGAGAUCGUGAUCGCCACAAAAUUUGCUGCCUACCCCUGGCGGCUUACGCCCGGUCAGUUCGUGGAUGCAUGCAAGGCCUCCAUGGAGCGAUUGCAGAUCGAGCAAAUCGGAAUCGGACAAUUGCAUUGGUCGACUGCAAAUUACGCACCCCUGCAGGAGUUAGCCCUGUGGGAUGGUUUAGUGGCAAUGUAUGAAAAGGGUCUAGUCCGAGCGGUCGGGGUGAGCAAUUAUGGACCGAAGCAGCUAGUAAAGAUUCACGAGUACCUCACAGCCCGAGGCGUCCCUCUAAGCUCCGCUCAGGUCCAGUUUUCAUUGCUGAGCAUGGGAGAAGAUCAGUUUGAGAUAAAGGAAAUAUGUGAUUCUUUGGGGAUCCGUUUGAUUGCUUAUAGUCCUCUGGGACUUGGAAUGCUGACGGGAAAGUACACACCUUCCGAACUGCCACGGGGUCCUCGUUCGUUCCUGUUCCGACAAAUUCUUCCUGGACUGAAGCCCUUGUUAUCUUCGCUAGAAGAAAUUGCGCAAAGGCGGCAAAAAACCAUACCUCAGGUUGCUAUAAACUGGUGCAUCUGUAAGGGCGCAAUUCCGAUACCAGGAGUUAAGACAGUGGAGCAGGCCGAGGAAAAUUUGGGCGCUUUAGGUUGGCGCCUCAAUGCCAGCGAGUUACUUCAGUUAGAAAACGCAGCGGAAGAGUCUCCAAAGAAAAUGAUCCAGAACAUUUUCCAGACGAGGUGAGAAAUUCAAGGAAGGAGCCACGGAACAGCACCAUUAGCGAUAGCAUCAGCUCUUCUGAAGUUGGAUGGUCUAAAGGUGAUCAAGCACAGGAAUUUCUCAUUGGGAGAAUAGAAAGGAAAUCGUAACGAGUUUAUAGCAGCUGAAGCAGAUGAGACACCGACAAUGGCAUCAAUGUUGACAGGUAGAAGAAACUUUUCAAUAAGUGUCAUGCCCACUGCUGUGUUUGCUUGUUCUGAGCAGUGGCAGUGCCUCUAUAUAUGGCAUGUUUAUUUGCUUAGGGGCCAACUUUGUACGAGGUACCGCGGGGGUGCGGGUGUCCCUCUUACCUUCAAAUUUUUAUUAUUUUUUCUUUCAGUUGGCACAACCUUUCAUGUUGGAAAUACAUCAUGAAGCAAAUAAUAGAUUUUCACUUCC